AAUCUUCGUGACCUCUCACGUGAUCUGUUUUUUGGUUUCGAGCGGAGUGAGUAACAAUGUUGGCAUGUCUAGCACACGCAACACAAUCGUGAUCCUCUUAGCAGGCUUGAUCGUUUACCAGAAUUGCGUGGACGGGUACGACUGCCCCAUUCAGAACAUGACCGACAGCCGCGUGACCUUUAACUGUACUGCAUUUCCUACGAAAGAAAGAAAGAAAUACUGUGUCUACAUAAGAACGGUCGCUGUUGAUCAUUUUCAAUCAGGAAAUGUGAAUGUGACCGCUUGGUGGAUAAACGAGGCGGGAUACCAAACACCCGUCGUUCUUUCGGUGUUCUGCAACGGUAACACUAUAGCCUGUGCAAGAACUCGACAUCUACCAUCGACUCCAACAGAGCACGAAAUUCAAGAUGUAUCUCGAGCAGAUAACUACACAGUAAACAUUGCUACUAGCCUUACAAAUGUUCCCACAUUACCGACCUUUCUUUGCCACAAUGCUGAACGAGUUGAUUUCAAGAUCAAAUGGCCACCCAACCCACCAUCACAGCAACCAAGAACAGAUGAACACGGUGUAACUGUUGCUAUUCUGACUGUAACAAUUAUUGUGCCAUUCGCCCUCCUACUUUCAACUGUAGUCUGCUGUCGUAUCAGAAAGCAAAGAAACUCACCAGUAAUUCCGUUUGACGACGCCACAUAUCUACCAACAGCCGACCACCUCACCUCACAAUAUUACGUGUCGACCACAGUAGAGGGUCAUGAUCCAUCAGCUAGUAACAACAUUCAAAACAGUGUGCAAGCCAAUCGAACAAGAUCUAUUAUCCAAGUGUAUCUUUCACACCCCACAUUAACAGAAGAUUCAAAAUUAAAGCUGCAAAGGAUGAUGGCCAAAUUCCACCAAGAAGGAAUAGCAUGCAAGGCCGCAUUUACAAACGAAAGGCACACGGCUGAACAAUUCUACAGAGCCAUUGAGGCAAUGAUGAAUAAAGCAAACUUCAUAUUGAUCUGUUGUGAUGAGGAACGGUUACAGGAAAUGGAGAAACUAUCAGAAGGACUAUCACCUGUGCCAACUAACUCAUCACGACUAUUCAAACGAGAAGUAGAUCUGAUCGAUGCAGAACAUGCAAAAACUGAAUUUGCCAAAAUCAUAGUCAUCCUAAUGGAAGGAGCUUCACCUAACUGCAUACAAGGAAUAUUUACAAUCACAAGACAAUACAAAUAUCCGGACGAAUUUGAUGACAUAUUGGCAAGACUGCAGGGAGUUGAGAAUUAUCAACUACCACCACUUGCAAGACAUUCCUCAUCUCAUUCAUAAAACAGAAGCAGAACAAAUAGUCUUAAGUUUCUAUAUCAAUUUCAUUGUAUAACUAGUCUGUUUUGUUC